GCCAAACAUACAAACUCCUCUAUUUAUUUCUCGACUAAUCCUCUCCACCCUUGCUAUACAUUGCUAGCCAGUAGAAGAUAAAGCAAGUACAAAAUGGUGAGGCUUGGGUAUGUGGCUGUCAUGGUGUACAUGUGCAUGCUGGCUGUGGCACCCAGUUGCCAGGCGGCUGUAAACUGCGGGAUGGUGGCGACGGACCUGGCGCCGUGCCUGGAUUACCUGAGGGGCGGUGCAAGCGUGCCGGCGGGGUGCUGCGAUGGGGUGAGGAACCUCUACAGCCAGGCCCAGACCACUGCUGACCGCCAGAACGCUUGCAAGUGCAUGAAGUCGGCGGCUCUCGCUGUCACCGGUAUCAAUCUCAACAAUGCCUCUAACCUUCCCAAGAUAUGCGGCGUCAACAUUGCCUACAAGAUCACCCCCUCCAUUGACUGCACCAAGGUGCAGUGAUGAUGAAGAUGAUUAAGGACGAUAUAUGUAGCUAUAAGUCUAUGAUUAUGAAUAAAGAUCGGAGGAGCUCGAUCCGCUCCCCAGUAAGUCCUACUGGGGGGGGCUUGGCGAGCCUUCGUAGCUUUAGGUGUUGUGAUGAUGAGUACUGGACUCUAUCUGCAGUACCGUCUGGCCUAGCUAGCUAGUCUGUCCUCCUUCGCUUUCGAAGCUUGAAGCACUUGGUUAUCUGUUUUGUGGUCCCAUGCAUGUUCCAAUGUGAUUGUCUACGUAUAAUGCACAUCUAUAUGCUACUAAUCUAUGCUCUUCUCAUUC